CUAACAGCGAUGGAACUUCUGGAGGAGGACCUUACGUGCCCGAUAUGCUGCUGCCUCUUCGAGGACCCGCGAGUGCUGCCUUGCUCACACACCUUCUGCAAGAGGUGCCUGGAGGGCAUACUGGACGGAAACAGGAGCCCCGCGUGGAGACCGCCGUUCAAAUGCCCCACCUGCCGAAAAGACACGCAACACAAUGGUAUUGGGAGCCUGCAGAUCAACUACUCUCUUCGUGGCAUCGUGGAGAAGUACAACCGGAUCCGCGUGCUUCCAAAGAUGUCCCUCUGUCGUGCGCAUAGCGGACAGCCGCUCAAUAUUUUCUGUGCCACCGAUCUGAAACUCAUCUGCGGAUUUUGCGCUACAACAGGCGACCAUAAAGGACAUACAUUCUGUGCACUGGAGGAGGCAUAUGAGCGCGAGAAAGAAGCAUUUGAAGAGCUGUUUCGUGAUGUGGAGAACUGGAGAAGCGCCGAAGUGCUCUCGUGCCUGGAAGCGCUGGAAAACGCCAAGAAGAAAGCGCUGCAACUGGUCUCGCGAGACGUGGACCGGGUUACAGAGUAUUUCGACAAACUUCUACGCACUCUCGAUCACAAAAAGAGCGAGAUCCUGUCCGACUUCGAGGCUCUGAAGCUGGCUGUGAUGCAGAAGUUUGACCCAGAAAUCGGCCUGCUGCGCGCAGUGCUGGAUGAGCAGCGGUGCGCACUCGCCAUUGGCGAGUCCUUCCGUGCGCUGUCUGACCCUCUCCUUUUCCUGCAGCAGAUGCAAGACUUCCGCGAGAAGGUGCGAGUCAUCCGAGAGACCCAAGUGCCCUCUUCGCGAAGAGUAGACACGGAGCUGGGUCCAGGGCUUGUGCGGAGCUUUGAUGUAAAGGAGUGGGAUCGCGUGCGUCUUGGAGACAUCGACACGCUCUGCGCACCGCACGAAAGCGGCGGCAUAGCGUACCAUUCUUCGACCCCCUCCGGCGCCGGUCCUCACCUCUCCCGUGUACUCUGGAGGCUCACACUGCUGGUAUGCGUUUGCCUGAUUACGAUGACCCUAUUCUUCCCGGACUGUGUUGCUCUCGGUCUCUCAGAGUAUGUGGCCUCGCUCGGUCGUGUCUCUUUCCCUGGUCCCAGGCAGUGGCUGCAUUGGCUUGGGGAUUGCUGGUAUGAGAUAUCCGACCUGAGCUUGCAUGUAACGGAUCUCUGCAGGAACUGUAUCCUCAAUCUGAUAAAUACCAUGGUAGAUUUCAUAAGUUGA